AGUAUCUUUGCCCCUGGAUUGCUGCAGGUACAAGGCUCCAUCCACGUCCUUUUCCGUGGCAGCCGGGCGCAAUAAUCCACCCGCAUUGCUCGCAGACAGCUCCAGCGCUCGCCCAAAUCUCGGCUCCCCUGGCCGCCCUUGCUCACUGCAGCACAAGGCAAUCAAGAACGAAAUCCAGCUUAUUGUUUUUUUUUUUUUUUUUGCCUUGAAUCUUCUACUGCUGGAGCAAACAGUAACGUACCGUAUAUACCGUGCAUGUUGGCCCUUUUACACCCCCCCUUGCGGGCACUCGGCUCGGCCGUAAUCCAGCGCUGGCUGCAAGCCCUGCCCGCAGGCUCCAUCAAAUCCCAGCUGGAGGAGCUUCUUUUCUGGAAUCUGGAAUCGACCCUUUUUUUUUUUCCUUUCUCUUUGCAAAUCUCCACUGCUGUCUCCUCCCCCUUCCGUUUCUCCAUUCUAGACUACUGUAUGUGCUGGCAGCGGUGUGCUCCCCCAGUAUUUUUUGCAAGUUCGAGAUUUUUCCAUGGCGGAGAAUCUAGCUGUAAGCGAGGAAGACGGUCCAGAGAUCGGCCUGUGAUACCGCUUCUGUGCUUCGAUAUCGAACGCUGGCACUCUCCUAAAUGGGUUCUUAUCAAGACACGUCCUAAGUGUCCUGCUUGCACAUCACAUCUCCAUCUCCAAAGCGGUCAAACGCCCACCCGCUCGUUCACUCUCCAAAGCGGUCAAGACCUCGCCUCCAUCAAAAGUCAUCUCUCUCCGUUGGAUCUUCAUCUCUCCACCUCCGUCCGUCCCCCUUACUGCAUGCCCAGAAAAAAAAAAAAAGCUUAUUCGACCCAUACCCAACACCACCCUUUUCUGGGCAAGAUCCAGAUCUCCUCAAAUUUGAAAACGGAAAAACAAGAAGAAGAAAAAAAAUUAACUACUCUCUUGGCUUGUUUAAAUUGGACGUAAUCUCGCUACUCCGUAGUUUGUUGUCUUUCCAGUGUUACUAGCACCCUUGGCGUGCAUGGGGAGAGAAGAGCGACUCUCGCUUCGAGUUGGGUCUUCGUUUU